AUGUCCCCCAAGCCGCGCAGAACCACGGCCACCGGCCCCCUCUACGCCCUCGGCCUCGAAGGCAGCGCCAACAAGCUCGGCAUCGGCGUGCUGUCCCACGACCCCGUCGCCAACACCACCACGAUCCUCUCCAACGUCCGACACACCUUCGUCUCGCCGCCGGGGACGGGGUUCCUGCCCAAGGACACGGCGCUGCACCACCGGCGGCACUUCGUCUCGGUGACGCUGGCGGCGCUGCGGGACGCGGGCGUCGCGCCCGGCCAGCUGUCCUGCAUCUGCUUCACGCAGGGGCCCGGGAUGGGUGCGCCUCUGACCUCGGUGGCGGUGGGGGCGCGGACGCUGUCGCAGCUCUGGGGGGUGCCGCUGGUCGGGGUGAACCACUGCGUGGGGCACAUCGAGAUGGGGCGGGUGAUCACGGGGGCGUCGGACCCGGUGGUGCUGUACGUGAGCGGGGGCAACACGCAGGUCAUCGCCUACGCGUCGCAGCGGUACCGCAUCUUCGGCGAGACCCUGGACAUCGCCGUCGGCAACUGCAUCGACCGCUUUGCCCGCACCCUCGCCAUCCCCAACGACCCCUUCCCCGGCUACAACGUCGAGCAGCUGGCCAAGGUUGCGAGCCGGGGGGGCCGGACGCCCGUGCUGCUCGACCUGCCGUACGCGGUCAAGGGCAUGGACUGCAGCUUCAGCGGGAUCCUGACGGCGGCUGACAUCAUGGCGGCGCAGAUGUUCGCGCAGGACAAGAUCCUGGAGGCCGGGGGGCGGCUGAAGGACGGGGAGACGAGGAUCACGCCGGGGGAUCUGUGCUUCACGCUGCAGGAGACGGUGUUUGCCAUGCUGGUCGAGAUCACGGAGAGGGCCAUGGCGCACGUCGGCUCGCGGCAGGUGCUCGUCGUCGGCGGCGUGGGCUGUAACGAGAGGUUACAGGAGAUGAUGGGCCAGAUGGCCGCGGAUCGGGGAGGGAGCGUCUACUCAACGGACGAGAGGUUUUGUAUCGACAACGGCAACAUGAUCGCGCUGGCGGGCCUGCUUGCCUGGGAGACGGGCUAUGAGACCAAGCUGGAGGACAGUGCAUGUGCUCAACGAUUUAGGACAGACGAGGUACACAUUGCAUGGAGAGACGAGUGA